ACCCCUCCUUCCCCAUUCUUUCCCUCAAUCCUCCCUUCCUUCUUCAUUUUCUAUCUGUUUCCUCCCUUUCUUCUGUUCUUCUCUCUUUCAGCCAUGAAACUCAUCUACAAGAUCAACCCCAAACAGUUGUUUCGGUCCAAGAAGAGCAGGUCGGUGACACGAACCGAUCCAUCUUCUUUUAGUUCCGGCACUUCGUCCUCCACGUCCUCUGACUCCUCCACUAAUUUGAAGACCGGUACCGGGGCUUGCGGUGGCGGUAUGGGGACGCCCACCAGCGUUUUGCCCACGCAUUCAUACGAGAUAUCGGGUGACUGGUCCGAUUUUUCGUCCGAUACCCAGACGGAGCUUGUUCAUGCGUUUAAGAUGAUAGACCGAGACGGUGAUGGGAAGAUAACGAAAAGAGAGCUGGAGGCCCUGCUGAGCAGGGUUGGAGUCGAGCCGCCGAGCGAGGAGGAGAUUAUGAUGAUGUUGAGCGAGGUGGAUCGUGACGGUGAUGGGUGCAUAAGCCUGGAGGAGUUCGGCGCCAUCAGUUCGGCUUUCGGCCCGGCUUGCGACAAGGAGCUGCGAGAGGCUUUUUGCUUCUUUGACACGGAUCGCGAUGGGAAGAUCACGGCGGAGGAGCUUAAUCAGGUCUUCGCUGCCAUUGGCGAUGAUCGGUGCACGUUAGAGGAUUGCCAGCGCAUGAUAGCCGGGGUGGACAAGAACGGGGACGGAUUCGUGUGCUUCGAGGACUUUUCUCGUAUGAUGGAGCAGCAGACAUGAAGCCUUGAUGGAGAUCCAAGAGAUUUAAUCCUUAAUUUUUCUUAGGAUCUUUGUUUUCAUGAACUGUGUUUGGGAUCUGGAAACGAGGAAAGACAAAUCAAAAAAAGAUCGAUCGAUUGGACGGCUAGAUUGAUGGAUCUCUUUAGGUCCGGAACUUGUGUUUGAAUCCUUUGCCGUAAAUAUAUGAGAAAUCAAGUGAAUUAAUCCUAUGAAAUUUUGUUUUAUUUUCCA